AGAAUAAAUGAGUAUUGAAUACAGCCAAAGUUUUAUAUUUUAGAGAAGGAUCCAUGGUUUGUUGGAAUGUACCUGAACUGGAGAGACGAGCAAUAUUAACAUUUUUACAUAGGCAUAUUGAUGAACCGUACAGUUUUGAUCAGAUUUAUGAAGAAGAGGAGUGGAUGGAGUACUCAUCUUCUAAAAAUUUCUCGUGUUUACAAGGAGAUGUCCUGUUUAUACAAGACCUAGACCACAUUGAUGUCACUGAAACUAUCAAUCCACAUAAAUAUGCUUUCUCUAAUGCUUUGGCACAAACUGUAAAACUGGCAGUUUGGGAAUCAGCCUUAGAAAGUCUUGUUGACUCUAUAGAACCAAUAAAUAGGGUGCUUAAAUUAGAAAAGAAAGUUCCAUGUAAAAGAAGAGAAAUUUUGAAAAUGCAUGGAGAAAUAUUUGAAUUAAGAUUUCAGAUGAACUUAAACUCUGAGUUGUUAAAUACACCAGACUUUUACUGGGAGAAGCACCAUGCAUUAGAAACAUUGUAUAAACAUUUAUAUAACCAUCUAGAUAUAGGUAGGAGAACAAAGGUAAUGAAUGAAAAAUUAAAUUAUUGUGAACAAGUGAUAGAAGUUGUUGAUAAACAAGCAGCUGAUACCAGGACAGAGAGACUGGAAAGGAUUAUCAUUCUUCUUAUUAUGAUUGAGGUUAUGUUUGAAUUACUGUACUUCUAUGAAAGAAAAGUAGCAAAAUGGAGUGAAGAUUCACACAUAGAUAGCGGAACAAGACAAAGUAACAAUUCACAAAUUGAUGGUCCGUCAUGACAAAGUAGCAAUUCACAAAUAGAUGGUCCGUCAUGACAAAGCAAUGAUUCACGAAUAGAUGGUCCGUCAUGACAAAGCAAUGAUUCACGAAUAGAUGGUCCAUUAUGACAAAACAAUGAUUCACAAAUAGAUGGUCUGUCAUGACAAAGUAACGAUUCACAUAUAGAUGGUCAAUCUUGACUUGAACAUGGAUCAAGUCAAUAUUAAUGAAAAAUUUUCACAGAAAGAACCAAAUAUUGUGAUGAAAAAGAUAAUGAACUUCUAAUGAUUUGUCUUCCAAGUUAUUAAUAUGUUUGCUAUAGAAGAAAGUUUUAUUAAUCAAUAUUUAUGGGUUAUCCAGAGAGUGCAUAUGUAACCUGCAAUAAGUAACUUGCUUUGAGCAUUAGACUUACUACAGUAAUUUCAAGUAAUUUAAUAUCAAUAAAAUAAAUAUUUUAUAUUAUGUGACUAUUUUC